AUGGCUCGCAUGACACGUCCCCAUCCCCACUUCUGCGGGCCUUGCUGGGCCUCAACCAGAGCAGGAGUUGUCUGCUGCAAUGACACCUACAACCCCGGGUGCUACGACCCAUCCUGCGUACACCACCUAUCGGAACUUCUGGUCAGUAGGUACACAGCUACUGACCUUGAGGAACACUUUGAAGAAGGGUACGACUACUCUGACUACUACUACUACUACUACGAUGAGUACGACGACAUCGACUUCUCUCCCAAAGGGCGGGUUCAACGCCGGGAGAGGAGCAGGGGCGUUUACACUGACAGGUGCAAGAAAGGGGAGGAGAUUUGGCGCUGGAAGUAA